GAAGCUGGUGCGUCAGUUCAGUCACGGUCCAUAACAGAGAGUAAAAUUCCAAAACGAAAAUCCUUAUUUGCCUCAAAUAGCUGCUAAAAUCAUGUCACUUUGGAUUACAUUUUAUCUUGCCUUCCAGCUUCUUAUUAAGUUUAAAAGUGCAUAUUCCCUAUGGUAAACUUUGUGCAGCCUAUAAUGUGUCCCAGAAUUUUCAUUUCUUCCAUCCUGAAGUGUUGAUGUGUUAGUCUUCAGCAAAAUUUUUGCCUUUGGGGCCUUCACCUUAAUCACAUUCUGGUUGCAUUAACCCCAUGGCCUAAACAGUUCUGUCCUCUCCUCUGUCUCUGUACAUUUGUGGCAAGAUGUAGACAUUUCUGAAGCUGAAAUACAUUUUUUUCUAAAUUUAGUUUUAUGAAAACAACUAAAAUCUGAGGAAGGUGUUAUAUUAGCUAGAACCUCAGAAGAAUAAUACUUCCUCCUUGGACUUUAAAUUAGAUGCUGGAAGUGAUAACAAAAAUUACAUGAGCAAACAAAUAAUGUUGCAUAUGCAUUUCAGUGAGUGCUCGAUACCCAUUAUUCUGUCAAAAAAUUUUCAGUAUGUGGAAAUACACUCAAGUACAUACACAGUGCAAACAUAAUUGUCUAUUUUUUUCUCUUCUUGCACUGAAUUUUACUGCACAGCUGAAUAUGGAUGGACUAAGACUUCAUGGAGUCCACUUUCUGAAAUAGUUUGUCUUUGAUUUUGUCUUUAAUUUGAUUUCAUUGUGGCCUGAUGACCUUUACAGCUUCAAGGAGACCUGCAGGCAGGAAUUAACAGGAGUCUGAGAGUAUGCAUGAGGGAGGACAUGCUCCCAACACUUUAGUUUCAUGUAGAGAGGUCCAUAUAUGUUUUGUGAGAAAGGAAGUUCAGAACCAAUAAUUGUAACACUGACAUGAUUCUAUUAUUUAGAAAGAGCAGCACUGAAGAAUUUUAACCUGAAAAACUAUGAAUUGUCAUUAUGAUUUCUUUCCCACCUCCUUUUUUAAUUAAUUAAUUAAGAGAAUAAACAGCAGUUGUGCAUCAGCAUUUUUCUUAAACAAUAAGAUUCAGCUAAAAAUAUACUAAAAAAAAAAAGAUAAAAGUUUAUCACAUAAUUACAGCACUAGACAGGAACAUAGACAUAUCAAAUUGAAUCCCACUAGUCCCAUGGAUUUUCUCUGUGACCUUGAACAAAUCACUUAAUCUCUCUCUGCCUUUGUUCUUCAUUUAUUUUUAAAGUAUGAUACUUAUUCUUUCUUAAUAUUUACACUGCAAAUUCCUUUUACUGUUUUAUACAAUUCUUGUUGUAAUAAGGAUCUUACCUAAAAAUUCUUAUUACAGAGCUUCAUGUAUCUAGUGAGAAGCAUAUUGUUCUGUAUGUAUACAGCCAUGACCUGGCUGUAUAAAGAGUUACUUUUGCUACUAGCACACCAGAAGUGUCACAGACUCAGCCAGACUCAAGUCUUCAGUGCUGCAAGGUAGAGGUGAUGAGCUGGACUUACAAAGGCAAUAGCAGGCUUAGGGAUAAAAGAGAAAAUAGAAAUUCAGUGGGGAAUAAUGACAGCCACUCUAAUGUGGAAAGAUCAUUGCUGGGAAGGAAAGACUGGUGAGCUGCAGAUCUACCCUGACCCACCAUCUGAACUCUUCCUCACAACUCAAAAAUUCAUGUCUUUUGUUUAUAAAAGGUAUACUCUUCUUUUUUCAGGAAGGAAACUGACUGCAGCUUCACACUGAGGUGUUUUUCUGCUGUAACAAGAAGCUGGAAAGUCCUUAGUACUGAAGAAGUCCUGAAGAUUGAUGGAGGGCCAUGCUAUUCAAACAGCAGGUGUUGCUGAGACAGAAGCUCUUUGUGCUAGGCAGCCUUGCUAUAGGAAGUCUCCUAUAUCUAGUUGCCAGAGUUGGGAGCUUGGAUAGACUGCAGCCCCUCUGCCCCAUCGAUGGUCGAUUUGGACCCCGCAGCCAGGAUGAAAUCCCGCUGCGAGCUCUGCAGUUCAAGCGAGGGCUACUCCACGAGUUCCGUAAGGGCAAUGCCACAAAGGAGCAAAUACGACUGCACAAUCUGGUUCAGCAGCUUCCCAAGGCCAUCAUCAUUGGGGUGCGGAAAGGAGGCACACGUGCACUGUUAGAGAUGCUGAAUCUUCACCCUGCAGUGGUCAAAGCUUCUCAAGAGAUUCAUUUCUUUGACAACGAUGAGAACUAUGCCAAGGGGAUUGAGUGGUACCGGAAAAAAAUGCCUUUUUCUUACCCUCAUCAAAUAACAAUUGAGAAAAGCCCUGCAUACUUUAUCACUGAGGAAGUACCUGAAAGGAUUUACAAAAUGAACUCGUCUAUCAAAUUAUUGAUCAUUGUCAGGGAACCCACCACAAGAGCUAUUUCUGAUUACACUCAGGUGCUGGAAGGCAAGGAAAGAAAGAACAAAACUUACUACAAAUUUGAAAAGCUGGCUAUUGAUCCUAAUACCUGUGAAGUGAACACUAAGUAUAAGGCAGUAAGAACCAGCAUCUACACAAAACACCUGGAGAGAUGGUUAAAAUAUUUCCCAAUUGAGCAGUUUCAUAUCGUAGAUGGAGACCGGCUCAUCACAGAACCACUGCCGGAACUCCAGCUGGUCGAGAAGUUCCUAAAUCUUCCUCCAAGGAUAAGUCAGUACAAUUUAUACUUCAAUGCCACCAGAGGGUUUUAUUGCUUGCGAUUUAACAUUGUCUUUAAUAAGUGCCUGGCAGGUAGCAAGGGACGCAUUCAUCCAGAGGUGGACACCUCUGUCAUUACCAAAUUGCGCAAGUUCUUUCAUCCUUUUAAUCAAAAAUUUUACCAGAUCACUGGGAGGACAUUUAACUGGCCCUGACCUAAACUUCAUACAACAUUUUCGGAUGCAUCUGAGACAUGCAGUAAUGUCUCUGCUAAAAUAUGCACUUUUCACAGAUAUAGUAUCAAAGUAACAUUUUUCAUGCAUACGUGUACAUAUGCAGUGUGUGACCAAAUAUACAGUGGGAUCAAUUUUUUCUACGGAAUAAUAACAUUAAUUUACUGUCAGCAUAGUUGCAUCUUUUGAGAUAUACUAAUAAAGGACAAAGUGGUACUUAGGGAAAUAAAGUCAGACACCAUUAAAAGGGUCAGUGUUCCUCUUGCUUGAAGUGUUUAUGUGACAUACUUAUUGAUCUAAGCAGAAUGUUAGGUUAUGUCAUACAAAUUCAUGUCAAAAGUCUGUGAAGCUGUAAGAAAGCAUAAUAUUCAGGCUAUAUUUGGUAUGUGUAUUGCUGAAGGAAUACUGACACUUUAAAUACCAUACUGAAUUUUUACGAGAGUGGAUAGUACUAUUUUCUUAUUAUUUGAAAUUAAUAUUUAAUUAAACAACAUUGGUUCGGGGUUCCUGUGGUGAGUUUGCACUAUUGUUUUAUUGUAUGGACCAUGGUGUCACUUGUAGCAUGUCAAUCAUGUGUCAAAAAAAGUCAAAUAACUUUUUCUUCUCUGAUUGAGUAUUGACAAAGACAAACAUCGUGUACAUAGUGUACAAUGUUUGUAAAUACUGGUUUCACACUAAGUAAUUCUAUUUUGUAAACUGAAUAUGGCUAUUUAAUUUAUUGUGAAAAUUAAAUUUAUUGUGGUAUUUAAAAAUGGAAUGGAUUAAAAUUACCUAUAUGCACAACCGUUA